CUGCCGUAUAGGCCGCCCUACAAGUCAAGAGAUUCUACCUGUCCAAUGAGGUAUAUAUAUUUGUAAGACAUGGUCUGCUCUUCAGUAUUGCCUAGCAGUGUCUGUGAAGCGUUUCGAGCGCUCUAAAUUUGAAUAUGGCUCCGCGUGAAAAAGUUGAAUUUGUUUUGGUGCGCCUGUCGUAUGUGCCAUAUAUCCAUCCGUUGUAUCCACGCAUCAGUUAUCAGAUUAGAAAACAUCCUCCAACAGGAUCAAUUAUACAAGUCCGUGAUUGGUUCGAGCAUGUAAUGCUAAGGGAACAUUCGAAACUCCCACCAGGUGUCAAUUUGCGCUACUCCGAGUGGCGCAUCAUCACCGGAGACGUGGACCUCUUCAAGGUGCAGGGGUGCUGCUUCGACAAGAUUAUGCUGGUGCUCGGCGAGGAGAACAUUUCAUGGGUGUUCUAUAACAACAUUCCAGUGCAUCGACGCAUCGAGGGAAGUGCCUGCCUGCCGGUGAGCUACUGCGGCUGCUGCCUCAACAAUCAGUACUUGCACAUUAUGGAAAAGAUUAAGCAAACUCUGUCGAGAACGAAAGUGCGAUAAAAUAAAAUAAAAUCUCAUUC